AUGUUAAUCAGUGAAAAAAAUCACUUUUGGUCAGUAGGAAUUACACGAAGCAGAUCUGAAGGAAAUUUGGUUGACAUGGAAGCCCGAAAACUUUCAAAAACUUGCAAUAUUACAGAAUGCCACAACUGGCCAGAUGCUCCUGCUCUUCCAGUUCCUGAUACCUCCAAAGCUCCCAAUCCAUUCUGGAAUGAACUGUCCGCUUCUAACCCAUUUUUGGACGACAUAACCCAGCUGAGAAACACCCAGAAGAGAAAUACCAUUUCCAUUCUGAAGGAAGAUCCUUUUCUGUUUUUAAGAGAAAUAGAAACGGGAAAUUCUUUCGAUUCUUCGGGUGAUGAACUCGAUGUGCAUCAGUUGCUCAGGCAGUCUUCCUCCAGGAAAUCGGUAAGAUCGAAAAGUGUCUCAGAACUGCUGCACAUUUUAGAUGACAUGGCACGUGCUUGUCAGAGUAUGCAUAACUCUGACCAGAUCCUAGCUCAGGACUUAGAAUGGCUUCAGAAUGAUCGGGAAGCUUAUAAAAUGGCCUGGUUAAGUCAACGCCAGCUGGCCCGCUCCUGCCUGGAUUUGAAUACAAUUCACCAGAGUCCUGGCUGGGCUCAGACUCAAGUUGCAGAGACCAUCAGCGUUUGUAAAUUAAACCACCAAGGAGGCUCUGUACAGUUACCUGAAUCGGAUAUCACUGUUCAUGUGCCCCAAGGCCAUGUGGCUGUGGGAGAAUUCCAGGAGGUCUCUCUAAGAGCUUUCCUAGAUCCUCCACAAAUACUUAACCAUCAUCUUUCAUGCACUGUCAGCCCUCUGUUGGAAAUCAUGUUAAGCAACCUUAAUACAAUGGAAGCUAUUUUGCUGGAGAUGAAAAUUGGGGCUGAAGUGAGAAAGGAUCCUUUCAGCCAAGUCAUGACAGAAAUAGUGUGUUUACACAGUCAGCACAAAGAGGGCCCUUUCAAAGUGUUAAACAACUGCUAUAUAUAUGAAGACACUAUCCAAGUCAAGUUAAUUGACUUGAGUCAGGUGAUGUAUAUAGUGAUUGCUGCCCAGGCUAAAGCCAUUCGGCCACCGGCUGCCACCAUUUGGGAUUAUAUCCACAAAACCACCUCGAUUGGCAUUUAUGGACCGAAAUACAUCCACCCCAGUUUCACGGCUGUUUUCACAGUUUGUGGACACAGCUAUAUGCCAUGCAAACUUACAGUCUCAGAUAUCAGUAAAGGUGGAAAAAAUACAUCUCCAGUUGUGUUUCAGCUCUGGGGAAAGCAUUCCUUUUCACUUGACAAGCCCCAGGAUCUAAACAUUUCUGUUUUCUCAUGUGAUCCUGAUUUUGAAGUAAAGGUAGAAGGAGAAAAGGAAGAAAUUAAACAAAAGCAGUUGGAAGCAGGGGACAUAAUUCACCGACAAGUUUUAUUUUCUUUGGUUGAUCACAAAGACAUGCACUUGUUCGUCUUCCGAGUUCAGGUGGCGCCUCCCAAUGGUAGGCCAAUUUCACAGUUCUUUAUCACUUCACCUGAUCCAGCACCAAAUCUGAAAAGGCUCUCAUAUCUGCCAGAUUCUUUGCAGAAACGAAAAGAAGCCAAGUCUUCUCCUCUACCACCAGCAGUGCGUGUGAAAUACCCCACAUUUCAGAAUAAAAAAGUGAACUUUACGAACUACGGUGUAACCCUGAAGACUGUGCUGAGACAAAGCAAGAUAGAAUACUUGCUCGAAUAUUUUAAAGGGGACACAAUAGCUCUCCUGGGAGAAGGGAAGGUAAAAGCCAUUGGACACUCCAAAGUAAAAGAGUGGUAUGUGGGCGUCCUCAGGGGUAAGGUUGGCCUUGUGCAUUGCAAAAAUGUCAAGAUAAUCCUAAAAGAGCAAGUUAUGGGUACGUCUGAUACGGAGUGUACCACAAGGAACCUUCUUGAACAGAUUGCCCUGCCCUUUAAAAAACUGACGUAUAUAUACUCAGUUGUAUUGACGUUGGUGUCAGAAAAGGUCCAUGAUUGGAAAGUUUUAGCUGAGGUGCUGGGUUACUCACAUUUGGCUCUGCAAGAUUUUGAUGGAAUACAAACUGAAAAAGAAUCAGAAAAGGUUUCUUUUGUUGUGAAGAAGUUAAAGGAAGAUUGCCACGAAAAUAGAAAUACAAGGAAGUUUCUUUAUGAACUUAUUGUGGGUCUGCUAAAGAUGGAUUGCCAAGGGUUAGUGGCACAUCUAAUCCAGGAGGCUGUUAUUCUGACCUCAGCAGUCAAACUUGGAAAAGGCUGGAGAGAACUUGCUGAAAAGGUUGUACGGCUCACAAAGCAACAAAUGGAGGCAUAUGAAAUUCCCCAUCGUGGCAGAACUGGAGAUAUUUCUGUAGAGAUGAUGUGGAAGCCUGCCUAUGACUUUCUGUAUAAUUGGAGUUCACACUAUGGAAACAGCUAUAGAGAUGUGUUGCAAGACCUUCAAUCAGCUUUAGACAGAAUGAAAAACCCUGUGACCAAACAGUGGAGAGACCUAACUGGAACUUUAAUAUUGGUGAAUUCUUUGGAGGUGUUGAGGGUAACUGCAUUCUCUACAUCUGAGGAAGUAUGGUAAAGAACAGCAUGUUUACA